AUGAUCCGUGUGCUGAAGCCAUCAGGAAUAUACACCCGCAAAAAGAACGGAGCGGGCGUGGACCACAAGAACGUGAUCAACUACGAUGACGUGAACGAGUUCUUCUCCUACCGCUCCAAGCUGGACGACACCGACGGGUUCAAGUUCUACUCGAACGUUUUCACGUCGGACAUUAAGGACACGCGUAACCACAUCUUUUACUCCAUUUUCAUGACGAUCAGCGGCUCUCAAGACGGUCUGUACGAUUGGCCAGAGCUGGGGAGAUUUCUUCUGCUACGGAGCGUUCUGAACGAUCAUCUUCGUGUGCAAGUUCAUGUUCAACUCAGUUGA